CAUAUGGCUGAAUUUGUGAAUAAUUUUUCUCCAUUUUUAUUUUUUCCUUAGCAGGAGUUAUUAUUUAAUCCUGAUUUUUACUGCCUCUUUGUUUCCCCACUUAUAAACAUUGUGGCAAAGCGAAUUGGUUAGGCAAAUAAAAGUAUUUAUAUCUGCUAUUAUAGACUCUCUCUCUCUCUCUCUCUCUCUCUCUCUCUCUCUCUCUCUCUCUCUCUCUCUCUCUCUCUCUCUCUCUCUCUCUUAAAAAUGCUUGCAAUGGUGAGAAGCCAUUGUGUUUUGUGUAUGACUGCGCAUUAAAUCUAUGAUGAUGAAAUAAUGGUUUGGGUUAUCCCGUAAAAACAGAAGCAGGAAAUUGUUCAAAGCUUCAGUUUAAAUCUGUAUCUCAUUGUGACACAAGGGUGACUUCGUGGAACAGAACACACUGGGCUUGUCACUGCAAGUAACAAGUAAGCAAGAAGAAUAAGAGCAUUUAUUUCCAGGAAAAGAAAAUAUGUUUUAUGGGAAAGAAUUGAGGCAGGUUAUUUCCAUGGCCUCACACUGGACCAGGGCAUCUUGUAGCCUGAGGUCAAACUUGUAUAAAUGGAAUAAGACUUUCAUACAUACAUCAUCAUAUCACAGAAAGUGUGAACUGACUUCUAAAAGGUAUCAUGUAGAGAGAGGAAAUUACAAUGAAGUAAGUGCCCAAAACAUCAAAUUUUUUACUGAACUCUUGGGUCCACACCGAAUUAUAAAAAAUGAAUCAGAGCUAGAAAGUCACAACACAGACUGGCUGGAGACUGUGCGGGGAGCGUCUUCUGUUCUUCUUAAACCCAAGACAACUGAGGAAGUGUCUGCAAUCUUGUCUUACUGCAAUCAGCACAGACUUGCAGUAUGUCCUCAAGGUGGUAACACUGGAAUGGUUGGUGGAAAUGUUCCAGUAUUUGAUGAAAUUAUCAUCUCAACAAACUUGAUGAAUAAGGUUGAAAACAUAGACAUUUGGUCAGGUGUUGUUACAUGUCAGUCUGGGUGUGUUCUUGAAGCCUUGGAUCAGCAUGUGGCUGACUUUGGAUUAAUGGUUCCUCUGGAUCUUGGAGCAAAAGGCAGCUGUCACAUUGGUGGUAAUGUGUCAACAAAUGCAGGAGGCUUACGUCUACUUCGCUAUGGAAGCCUUCAUGGAUCUGUCCUGGGUGUGGAGGCAGUGUUGGCCUCAGGAGAAGUACUUGACUGUAUGACAGCCAUGAAGAAAGACAAUACUGGCUAUGACCUCAAGCAUUUGUUUAUUGGUUCUGAAGGAACAUUGGGAUUAGUAACAAAGAUUGCAAUCCAUUGUCCACCAAGGCCACAAGCUGUCAAUCUUGCCUUCUUAGGUCUCAGCUCUUAUGAAAAUGUUCUGAAAACCUACACUGUAACUAGGAGCAAGCUUGGAGAAAUCUUGAGCUCAUGUGAAUUUAUUGACAGAUCAUCUCUUGAAUGUGUAGAAGAGAACUUGAAACUAAAGCCACCAAUUUCAUCACAUGAAUAUUACAUGUUAAUUGAGACUUCAGGAUCAAAUAGGACACAUGAUGAAGAAAAGCUAAAUAUCUUCCUAGAAGAUGUUCUUGGGUCAGGAGUAGUUGAUGAUGGCAUUGUCGCUUUUGAACCCUCCAGAAUGCUUCACAUAUGGGGACUGAGGGAGAGGAUUGCAGAGGCCCUUCACCAUGAAGGCUAUGUCUACACGUAUGACAUCUCCAUCCCAUUGUCUCAUUUCUAUAAAAUGGUGGAAGAUAUGAGGGAGCACUUAGGAUCAAAGAUCAUUCGCUGCUGUGGCUUUGGACACAUUGGGGAUGGAAAUCUUCACCUCAGCUUCACAACAGAAGAGUUUGAUGAGGAAGUGCUGAAUAACAUUGAGCCAGCAGUGUAUGAGUGGACAUCAAAAGUGAAUGGAAGCAUAAGUGCUGAGCAUGGUCUGGGGUUCAAAAAGAGGAAUUACAUACAUUACUCGAAAUCAUCUGGUGCAGUAACUCUUAUGAAGCAAAUGAAGAAGCUGUUGGAUCCCAGUGGCAUUCUAAAUCCUUAUAAAGUUCUUCCUGAUGAAUAAUUUAUUCUAACA